AAGAGAGUUGAGGGAAGAGAGGGGAGUAGUUUUCUAAAAGUAGCUGGAGAGCUUCUUCUGAACUGUGAAGUGACUCUACCAGGGAACCUAAAAAGAGUGAAAGUGCGGGACAAGACCAUGCUGGGUUGCGAGGGUGAGGCGGUGGUGCGGCGGUGGCUGACCCUGGUCACAGGACUGCUGGAGUGCCUGUGUUUUGCGGGGGCCGUUUUUGGCUGGGCCUCCCUGGUGUUCGUCCUGAAGACGGAAGGCUACUUCAGCUACCUGUGUGUCAACACUACCGGGGUCAAUGGAACACAAUUGCUAGACUGCAGUGCUCAGGAUGAACAGUUCUCCCUCGUCUUCACUAUCGCUUCCUUCAUGAACAACUUCUUGCUGCUGCCCAAUGGCUUCCUGUUCGACCGUUUUGGCACCAUGGUGGCCAGGCUGCUGGGAAUAUCAAUGUACACCUCUGGUGCCUUGUUUGUGGCCUUCUCAAGUUCAGCUCUGUCGGUUCUCCUCUUCCCGGCGCUGUCCUGCAUCUCUGUGGGAGGCAUCAUGUUUCUGGUCACCAACAUGCAGAUAGGCAACCUGUUUGGUUCUGCUCGCUCCACCAUCAUCACCCUCUACAAUGGUGCAUUCGAUUCCUCCUCCGCACUCUUUCUCAUCAUCAAGCUGCUAUUUGAGGCUGGGAUCUCUCUGCGUGCCUCUUUCCUCUUCCUGGCUGCGUGUGGCAUCAUCCACCUGGUCAGGACCUUCCUCCUGCUACCCAGAACACACAUCCCCUACCCCCUCCCUGAGGGCUACACCUACGGAAUAAACUGUGGCCAGACCAAGACUUUUUGCCCGGAGCAGACAGCAGCAAUUGCCAGCGUGCAGAGUGAAGAUGUCACGGAGGAAAUGCCUUUUAGCAAGGAGAGCGCAGAGAAAGUGGCUACUUUCUGGGAGUGUUUCCUGUCCAAGUUCUUCCUCUGGCACCUGGUGUGGCUAUCUGUCAUGCAGCUGAGACACUACCUGUUCAUCGGCACCCUCAACCCCAUGCUGCAGAGACUGACCCAGGGAGAACCCUCUCUGGUGAGCACAUACACCAAUGCUUUUGCUGUGACACAGCUUUGUGGGGUGCUGUGUGCCCCCUGGAACGGCCUCAUCAUGGACCGACACAAGGGCAAGCCCAGGGCCCCAGGAGUGAGUGAGAAGGAGGCAGACCUGCGUGCAUCAGUGCUCUCCCUGACCCUGACGGCGCUGCAGUGUGUCCUGUUCUCCAUUUGUGCCUCCACUCCCUUCCUCCCCCUCCAGUACCUCACCUUCAUCCUGCAGGUCCUCAACCGAUCCUUCCUCUAUGGAGGCAAUGCAGCCUUCAUCAGCAUUGCUUUUCCUCCGUGUCAUUUUGGGAAGCUGUACGGUAUGCUCAUGGCUCUGUCUGCAGUGGUGGCUCUGCUGCAGUACCCCUGCUUCACCCUGGUCAAAGGAGUGCUGGGAGGAGACCCACUAUACGUGAACAUAGCCCUGACGUUACUUAGCCUGCUGGCUUUCAUUCAUCCUGUCUGUGUCUAUCUGCACUGUUGUGGCCUGGCAGCACAGAGGGGUAAACCCAAGGACACUCACCCCUCCCCCUCCUCCUAGAACAGCUCUAAAAAGGGAAACAAACACACACUUUAAAAAGGCCAUUUCAACCCUCGCUCCUCUGUUUCUUCUCCAGUUUGUAUAUUAUAUACAGUUGAAGUCGGAAGUUUACAUACACCUUAGCCAAAUACAUUUAAACUCAGUUUUUCACAAUUCCUGACAUUUAAUCCGAGUAAAGAUUCCCUGUCUUAGGUCAGUUAGGAUCAUAACUUUAUUUUAAGAAUGUGAAAUGUUAGAAUAAUAGUAGAGAGAAUGAUUUAUUUCAGCUUUUAUUUCUUUCACCACAUUCCCAGUGGGUCAGAAGUUGACAUACACUCAAUUAGUGUUUGGUAGCAUUGCCUUUAAAUUGUUUAACUUGUGUCAAAUGUUUCAGGUAGCCUUCCACAAGCUUCCCACAAUAAGUUGGGUGAAUUCUGGCCCAUUCCUCCUGACAGAGCUGGUGUAACUGAGUCAGGUUUGUAGGCCUCCUUGCUCGCACACGCUUUUUCAGUUCUACCCAAAAAUGUUCAAAAGGGUUGAGGUCAGGGCUUUGUGAUGGCCACUCCAGUACCUUGACCUUGUUGUCCUUAAGCCAAUUUGCCACAACUUUGGAAGUAUGCUUGGGGUCAUUGUCCAUUUGGGAGACCCAUUUGUGACCAAGCUUUAACUUUUAUACAUGUCUUAUAUCAGGAUUUUAGCCAAUUCUGUCAGAGUGGGAACAAAAACUGUUUACAGACUCCUCCUAAGUGCUAAUGUUAUUUUUCAGCCCUGCAUUGACUGCCCCAUUGGUUGGUCUUGGCUACAGCUGAGCCCAUAGGCUACUAUUGUAUGUAUUGUAGUUGAAAAUGUAUUUGAUCUGGUGCAUUCUAGCUAGCUCGUCUGCCUCCUUUUAUUCCACUUUAAGCAGUAUUAACUGUGCACUUUGGCACUGCUGCCCAAAGGACAACAACACAUAUAAACAAAUCUAGUGUUUACUACUCCUGUUAGAAUAAGGAUUAAUUGAUGUGAUAAUCAGUUUGAGGUAUAGGAAUUGUAAGGGAUUUACAGAUCUAAGAAACUGCUCAGCAACGUGAGAAAGUCAGGAGCAAGAAGAUGAUCAGAUAAUGUUGUUGAUCUUUUCUCAUCCUGUCAUACACAACUGUCUGGCUUUUUACAUAACACAACUAAACUGACCACAGGUUCCACGCUGGGUCCCCAGUGUCUAGAAUUUUAAAUUCCUUCAGGAGUUUGAGAGACCAUUUUGGCAGGAAAGGCAGUGCAGGUCUGCCAGCUACUGACCUAAACUGGGGAAAACAGCUUGUUUCCUGUUGGCAUUUACUUCCCUCCUCUGAACAAACCGUGUCAUGAUGAUGGGCUUUGUAAAGUGUUUUAAAGUAUUAUAUCAACUAAUAUCAUAACAGCGAGAACCUUUAUAGGGUUUAUUUAUAGUAGAACAGGAUGUGGUAAUCACGGCUGAUUUUCUAUCAGCACACAGUAUUGCACAGCACGAUCAUCCCCCCCACUGCACUGAAUAAACCUGAAUGUCUGGUAUCGAUAGCAGAGAUAGACCACUUAUGCCUUAUACAUGGAAGUCAACAACAUUGAAGAGACUAUUACAUUUGUAUUGAGAAUGUACUGUAUUAAUCGUGAAGGGAUUAUUUCAAUGCAGGACAUGCAGGGACUAUAGCAUUAGGUAUAUAUAUAUAUAUAUAUAUAU